AUGAAAACUCUAGAAGCUCAGUUUUCUCAGUCCAAUGCAUCAUCAUCACCAUCACCAUCAAUUUAUAAUCACAAGAAUGACAUCAACAUUUACAACAAUACUAUGCAGAUGAAUGUUUUUAACGGUGCUUAUCAUCAUAAUCUCCUUGUCGCAAGAUCUUCACAGUCUCGUGAGCUACCAUCCAAUCAGACAGUUGUUGCUCCUACUAGUCAUGUUGCAUCUGUCGGGGUUCGUUUCAAGAAGAAAAUUAUUGAUGAUGGUAUAAUCCACACCCUACCACACAAGAAAUACGGACCAUAUACAUGUCCAAAGUGCUCUCAAGUGUUAGCUACUUCUCAGAAAUUUGCUUCUCAUGUGACUUCAAAUCAUUACAAGUUUGAUAGUCCAUAA